UUCUAUAUCUAUAGUUACUGGAUAGAGCAGAGGGCGUUCGUUCUUAAAACAUAAAUUCAAAGCCUCCCGAGAGCAUGCCAUGUGCUUGUUUUAAGUUAGGUUAAAUGUUCAAAACGUAUAUUUAAAAUAGGCACCAUGUCAUUUUUUAUUCGAAAUAAACAAGGUGGCAGUGGAACUAAAAGAAAGUUCAACGGUCAUGGUGGAUCUACAAAAGGAAAGAAGGAUGCAAAGAAACCUAUGACUGAUGACAAUGAAAGUAUUGCUAGUACAGAUGAAGAACUUGCAGAAGAAAAUCAGAGGUAUCUGUAUGCUACUAAAUAUGAAUUUAUAAUUUGUUUUAACACCUUGUUCCUGAUAUUUUAUAGACAUGAAAAGUAUGAGAGUGAAGAAGAAGAAGAAGAAACUGCCCAGGAAAAGCGUAUAAGACUUGCAAAGAAAUAUCUUGAACAGAUAGAGGAAGAAGAAAGGGAUAGGACAGAAUUUGAACAGGGAGCAGUAACAAAACGUUUACAUGAAGAAUAUUUGGAAGAAAAAGGAAGGUUACGAAAGACAGUAGCUUCAAAUUAUAUUAGUCAUGGUGAACCAAUUAUCCUGAAAUGCAAAGAACAUAAAGGUUCAAUAACUUGUUUAUGCCUUUCAAGCAAUGGAAAUUUCUUAUAUUCUGGUUCAAAGGAUGGUGGUUUGGUUAAAUGGUCUUUAAAAGAUAGAACAAAGUUAAAAGUUAUUAAAAGAAAAAAGAAAGCACAAGAUGGAAUAAAAUGCGUACAGUGCAUGGCCAUUAGCACUGACGGUAAAUUUUUGGUAGUAGGAGAUAGUGGCUGUAAAGAGAUUAAGGUAUUUUCUGGAGAUACCUUGGAUCACGUAAAGAAUUUACAAGGUCACAGAGGCAGUGUAACUGGUUUAGUUUUUCGCAAAGGUACACAUACAUUAUAUUCAGCUUCUGAGGAUAGAAGUGUAAAAGUAUGGAAUUUAGAUGAUAUGGCAUAUGUAGAGUCCUUAUUCGGGCACCAAAGUAGCAUUACAUCAAUUGACGCCCUCGCGAGGGAAAGAGCUAUAACCAGUGGCGGUUUUGAUGGAACGGUUCGAAUUUGGAAAAUCAUCGAAGAAUCGCAGCUCAUAUUUAAUGGGCACGGUGGUAGUAUAGACUGUGUGAAGCUCAUAAAUGAAGAAAACUUUUUUAGCUGCGGAGAUGAUGGGCAGUUAUGUGUUUGGGGUUGUUUAAAGAAAAAGCCUUUAUGCUCGGUAGCGGACGCACAUGGUAAAGAUGAAAGUAAUAAUCAACCAAUGUGGAUUUCUAGUAUAGCUACUUUACUUAAUACAGAUUUAGUUGCAUCAGGAUCGCGGAAUGGAAUCAUUAAAUUAUGGCAGUGCGGUGACUCCUUCAGGUCACUGGAUCCACUAUUUGAAAUUCAGUUAAUAGGUUUUAUAAACGCGCUAUGCUUUACUCCGGAUGGAACUCAUCUUAUCGCUGGGGUCGGUCAAGAGCAUAGGCUUGGAAGAUGGUGGCGUAUCCCGGAAGCAAAGAAUAGUAUUGUUAUAGUACCGUUAAUUCAAACGAAAAACAAAUAAUUUAUAUAAUAAGAAAAAGGGAUAUAUGUAUUUUAAUGAAUCAAUGAAAUUUGUCAUAAAGAAUGUGUAUAUAAAUAUGUAUAGAAUGAAUCUUUUUAUGCAUUAAAGAAAAGCGCUGUUUAGUAUUUUAUAACUUUGUGGUGAUUUAUU